AUGUCCUCGCUCGUGGUCCUAGCCUCCAUGGCCGCAAUCCGACAUGCGCCCCCCGUCUCUUUGGCAGUGUCAGGCAUCUUUGGGAGCGUCAGUCUCGUUGCCUGGAUAUGUGUCCUCAUCCCACAACUGUUCGCAAACUUCAAAGCGCAAAGCGCCGAUGGCCUCAGUAUGGCUUUUCUGAUCGUCUGGCUACUGGGCGACAUGACAAACCUCUUGGGCGCGCUCUUCACCCACCUCGCUCCGACGGCAAUCGCCCUACCCUGCUAUUUCUGCAUUGCCGACACCGUCCUCAUCGCCCAGUGCGCAUACUACAACCACCGCAACAAGGGCAAGCCAGCACACCCUGCGCACGGGGAGCCCAGCGAGCAGUCCCCUCUGCUCCGCCGCGAAUCCAGUGGCGCGAUUGGCGUUGCCACCGCCGAAGCGGUCGCCAAGGUCGGCCCGGGCGAGGACGAGUCCGAUAACGCGAACGGCGGCAAGCAAUGGCUGCAGAACACCCUCUGCCUCGUGGCUGUCUACGUUGUGGGCAUUGUCGCGUGGUUCAUCUCGUACAAGGCCGGUGCGUGGGAUACGUCCGAUCCCACUCCUGAUGCGCCCGAGGAGGUGAAUAACCCUCUGGAAAUGGCGGGCUUGACGUUGGGCUACAUCAGCGCCGUGCUCUACCUCUGUGCGCGUGUCCCGCAGAUCGUCAAAAACUACAAGGAGAAGUCCUGCGAGGGUCUUUCGCUGCUCUUCUUCAUGCUGUCCUUGACCGGAAACCUGACCUACGGCAUCAGUUUGGUGGCCUACUCCCAGGAGACAAAGUAUCUCCUCAACGCUCUGCCAUUCUUGCUUGGCUCACUCGGCACCAUUGUGGAGGACUGCAUUAUCUUUGUGCAGUUCCGUUUGUAUUCUCACAGCAAGAGGCGAGCGUCGAUCGAGUAG